AUGGGUUUUCAAGUUGGAGUUUUGUUGGUAACGCUGCUCGUUGGGAGCUUAGCGGUUCCGACACCAAAGGAUGACUUCUCCGACUUAUUCAUCCAUACGGACCCCAACGCCCGCAUUGUGGGUGGAAGUCCAGCCGCCGAAGGCAGUGUGCCCUACAUGGUGGCCAUGUCCAGUGGAUUCCUUCUGAGAAGUUUCAUGUGUGGGGGUUCCCUGAUCAGCACAAGGCAUGUGCUGACGGCCGCUCACUGCAUCGCAGCUGUAUAUUCUUUUGGUUCCCUCAGCAGUUCUCUGCGGGUAACAGUCGGCACUAACCGCUGGAAUACGGGCGGCACAUCCUAUACAAUUUCGCGCAACGUUACCCACCCCAACUACGCGGCUUCCACUAUCAAGAACGAUAUCGGAGUGCUGGUCGUGUCCUCUGACGUGGCGCUGUCCAGCACUGUGCAGCUUGUGCCCCUGAGCUCCGAUUUCAUCGGCGAAGGUGUUUUAUCUAAAGCCGCUGGAUGGGGAAGAAUUAGACAAAAUGGUGCCCUGUCGUCUGUUCUGUUGGAACUAUUUCCUACGACGAUUAGCGGACAGCGUUGCCAGGAAGACGUGGCACGCCGUGGCUUGGAGCUGAACAUGCGGGUGCCUCCGGUGGAGCCACAAAUUGAGCUCUGCGUGUUCCACUCAGCUGGACACGGCAUGUGCAAUGGUGACAGUGGAAGCGCACUGGUGCGUGCAGACAACGGUCAGCAGAUUGGUAUAGUUUCUUGGGGAUUACCAUGUGCCCGUGACGCCCCCGACAUGUUCGUACGUGUCAGCGCUUACAUUAAUUGGAUCAUACAAGCUAUUUCAUAA